AUGAUAUUCGACGAUUCUGGUGACGUGGGGUCUUCGGCGACCCGGAAUGCGUCAAAGGAUGACGGCCCCUAUCUGCUGCGUCCACUGCUCGAAAAUGUGCCUCUGUGUGCCGACGGUUCGCAGCGCCACGUUAGCAUCAACUGCGUCGAAUACCUGGACGGCAACCUCUAUGUCGGCACCUCGGCCGCUGAGCUACUUCACUUCGUCAAGAUGCCUCCCGACCCUGUCGACAAGUCUGGCAGGCCACUCUUCAUGCUCGCCUCGAGGUUAUCUCCCACGUUUGCCGAGCCGCCCAGGGCUGCCGCUCCAAUCCCUCGACCUGGCGUUCAGCAGAUCCUGCUGUUACCAACCGUUGGCAAAGCAUGCAUACUCUGCAACUCAACGGCGGCAUUCUAUUCCCUGCCCGAGCUGAGUCCCGUGUCUGGCAUAGGUCAGGUGAAGAACUGUAAUUGGGUCGGUGGCGUUGACCUGAACGAGAUUGAACCCGAAAAUUCCGCCGUGACGAUUCUACUCUCGCUCAAACGACGGAUACAAGUCGUGCGAGUUGGUGAAGGCGUCCAAGCUUACAGGAACAUUGAUUAUGCUGGCAGCACCGUUUCAAUUCGCCGUGACACCAUAGCAUGCGUUGCAGACUCGAGAUCUUACGCCCUCUUAGAUGUUGAGAGGCGUUUGAAGAUACCUUUGAUGAGCAUCUCAUCGUUCGAUGAGCCCUUGGAUACCGUCGAAGUCGAGCAAGCUCAGGCCCCGGCAUCUGAAGUUGUAGGAGGCAUAAGUCGCAGCGUGUCGUCAACCGAAAGGCGCCCCAUCUCGGCCACCAGGGCUCACAACCGCAGUACGAGCCUGGGCGGAAACGUCUUGGGAAGCAGCGACCGCCACCAAGAAGCACACGAGUCUGACCGCCGGGAUCCCGAGUCCCAGCUGACAUCACUUCUCCCGCCGUUUGCGGAUCUACAGUCUCAGCAAGCCGACUCGGGUGCUCCGCCACAAACAGACACCCCGGCGCCUGCCGCACCCGGGGAGACCGUUGUUUCCAGCCAAACGUUGCAGCAACAGACUGUCCCGGAGGCAACCGGGCUGCAUCCGCUCAUCGUGUCACCGACUCCAGAAGAGUUUCUCCUCGUCAUCGGCACAAGCCCGGAGGAGCCUGGCAUUGGCAUGUUUGUCAGCCUCGACGGCGACACAACCCGCUCCACCAUCGAAUUCGAGAGAUAUCCAGAGCAGAUUGUUGUCGAUGGAAGGGAAUCAGACCUGUCAUCAUCGCGGUUCGGGUCUGGAGACGUGAGCAGCUAUGUCCUAGCGUCGAUGGCCAAGCAGAGCCCCAACGGCUUGCGAUAUGGGCUAGAGAUCCAGCGUUGGGAUUCCAGCGAGGCAACCCCUGAGAAGCACUGGUUAGUCGCCAAUAACAGCGAAAACUCGGUCCCGUACGGACUUCGAUCUCUGGUGGGCUCCGACGAGCUGCAAUUUGAAGAAGUCGUUGCUCGGUUGAGCCAUAAGAGGUUCCUUCCGUUCACAAAUCCCCUGGACACGGCCGACUCAUACCUCGAGAAAUCGGAUUCUCGCACAGCCCUGUCCAUGGAGAGGUUGUACCAGGAAAAGGAGCUUUUCGAGCGCGAUGACGACUCGCAGGACGACAACUCGCCUCCGGACGGUUGGGAGGCAGCUCGAAGCUCCGAGGGUGAGGAAUUCACUCGGCGGUUGGCAAGCUCCAAGGUCAAGCUGGCGGUUUGGUCUGGUGACCGCAUUUGGUGGGCGGCUCGAACCCCGCUGAUAAUGCAGCUUGACGCGGCUCUCGAUGCUGCCUGCAUGAAUGGUUGCGCAGACUCUAGGGGAAUAGACAGGCGAGCCAUCUUUACCGUGCUCGGGUCCAUUCGCGGUCGAGAGGCAAAGACUGAGCUGGAAUUCCUGACGCUUGGCUUCAUUCGACAAAGGGCAGGGCUUUUGCUGGUGAUCAGUCUGCUGGCAUCGCCGGAGGGCGAGCAACUUUCAGCGGGCGAAAUGAACGCACUGGAAGAGGUUCUGAUGGACAGCAAGCUCGAACCCAGAGUCGUUCUCUCGCUGAUACCUGGGCUCCGCAACGAAAUAAAGGAAGGACGUCAAGGGAUCUGGAUCUGCGACGGAGUACGAAUGGUGGCAGAGACUUAUCUGCAAAGCACAUCCUUUUCUGGUGUGGUAAAACAUGGCAUCAAAGAUGUCUCGCCGAGAGUACUGCACUUUUUACGACGCUUCCUCUUCGCGUGGAAGAAGCUGAAGGGCUUUGGUAGUGUCCCGGACGAGGGUGACGUAUUUCCGACGGUGGAUGCUGCCCUGCUCGUUGUCCUGCUGGAGCUGGAUCAACACGAGAGCCACCCCGAUGGUGGAACUGUGAGGUCGGAGCUCUACGGCCUCGUCGACAAAGGGGUCGAUUGCUUCGAGCGAGCCGUUGGCCUCCUCGAGUCGUACCACAGGCUCUUCGUUCUCAGCCGGCUAUACCAGAGCCGCAAGAGGGCAAGCGACGUUUUGUCGACUUGGAAAAGGAUCAUAGAGGGGGAAAGGGACGACGGAAACGAGCUUCAAGACGGCGAGAAGAGAGUGCGGGACUAUCUCCAGAAGGUCAGCAGCCAGAUGGUCGUCCAGGAAUACGGCAUCUGGCUUGCCAGCCGAAACCCCAGGCUGGGCGCCGAGGUCUUCGCCGGAGACAGCCUCAGAGCGCCCAGUUUUGAGCCGAACCGAGUGGUGGAGAUGCUACGGCAAGGCGCCCCGAGCGCGGUAAAGUAUUACCUGGAGCAUCUCGUUUUCGUCAAGGGACAUGCAGCCUACGUCAACGAACUGGUGACCUAUUACUUGGACAUUGUCCUGGACGAUCUCGAGUCGCGGGAAACAAGCCGAGAGGCCGUCGUGGCGGCGUACGACGCCUACCGGGCGCUACGAGCACCGAAGCCGACAUACCACCACUUUCUUGCCGAGAACUCGCCCGACAACGACGAGGUGUGGCAGAGCCGGCUCCGGCUGCUGCAGCUUCUGGGCGGCGCGCACGACUACGACUCGGCGGCCAUUAGCGCCCGCAUCACAAGCUUGCCCGGCCAUCUCCUCGUGCCGGAAACCAUCAUACUUGCCGGCCGAGAGGGACGCCAUGAUGAUGCGCUACGAUUGCUGGUCCACAAGCUGGGCGACUAUGACACGGCCGUGGCGUACUGCCUCCGUGGCGGUAGGAGCGUAUAUGUCCCCCCGGAGGACCGACGCGGUGGCGGCAGCAACGAGUCCGAGCAGGAGGCGUCCCGGGGUUUGUUUCGGGUUGUCCUGCGCGAGUUCCUCGCCAUCAACGACUUGAGCAACCGGGUCGAGCAGACGGGUGCGCUGCUGGAGCGGUUCGGCGGGUGGUUCGACGUGGAUGAGGUGCUGCAACUCAUCCCGGACGACUGGUCCGUGGGCGUGGUGGCCUCCUUCCUGGCCAGCGCCCUGCAACGACUGGUGCGCGACAAGCACGAGAGCAUCAUGACGAGGGCGCUCAGCGGCGCCGAGAACUUGCGUAUCAACUACGAUUGGGUCGUCGGACUGGAGGAGAAGGGACCGAGGUUGGAAGCCACAAGACAGCAGCAGCCGGGUCAUUACGCCGAUGGGCACGCAGGCGAUGCGAUGAUGCCCUGA